UUGCUCGUCCGUUCUCCUCUUGAAAUCGUGUAGAAGAGAAUGCCAGUUGGAAAGAAUUGCCUCGUAGUGGUAUCCAUCCCGAGUACAGAGUUCACGAUUGAUAGUGACGUCAUUUCAGCUGCAAGUCCGUUUCUCAAGGAAAUGCUGAUAGAAGUUUCUGCCGGCCAACGUCUCAGGUUGCAGAUGGAGGGAGUGACGAAGGAAGCCUUCGAAGCCUUUCGUAGUUACCUGCAGACAGGCAGCAUGCAUCUGACCUGCAGGAACGUGACCGAUGUCUAUCGCUGCGGGUACAAGUUGCAAGUGCGAGGCAUGGUUACUCGCUGUCUGCAAUACCUAGCGGAAGUUGGUCCAGUGGGUCGCCAGAUCGUGCUCUUUGCUAACGCAAGAAAACAUGGGUUACGAGACGACCAGCAGGCAGCCUUGUCUUUCCUCGUGGAAAACUUCGAUGCGGCAAUCCGAUCCCGCGAGUUCCUCGAACUUCCCUGGGAGCCCUUGAUGGUUCUCCUCAAUUCCGAUUGCUUGGGAACAGCUAACGAAACGAGCGUGUUCAUUGCCGCGCUGGCAUGGCUUCAUCAGGACUACGGGACACGGAAACAGUGGGAGGAAGCCGUUCUUGGAUGCGUCCGUUUUCCGUUGCUCUCAGAAGACGUACUGUUGCAGUGUCUGGAGCCACCGCUCGCGCACAAAGCGCUGGAAAAUCGUACCGUCCGCAAGCGCAUCAUUGAAGCAGCAUUUUACCAUUACACUAAGCUUCGUGGACGGCCCGAACUUGGAGCCGAGUUCAAGCCUAGAACACGGACAUUUCUGGGAGCUUCACUACCGCCAAUAACGUGGAGCUCCGAUGGGAAGAUCGAGAAUUUUGAGACCCGGUCUUACGCGCAGUCGCAGAACUAUCGUCGGAAAGAAGCAUCUCAAAGAGUGUGCUGCGCUCUGCUCAGUACAACAUGCGGCGUGCCAGAAGCUGUUGAGAGCAAAACCGACCAAGCUUUCGCUUUACUCCGCCGGUAUUACGAAGCUCAUGUGCGAAAGGUAGUCGCAGCGCAGGCAGCGGUGCGCAGCUUCCUUGCCCGCAGACGGUACGCUGCGCUUCACGCUCAGGUUCAGCCACCACCCCUCCUUGGAGAUCCAGCGGAACAGGAGCUGAUGCGUCGUUCGGGUGCCCGCGAUAGCCCUGCAGUUAUCUGGGCUGCGUACCCAUCGCAGCGAUUGCCUCGGCACACAGGGCCAUUGUCCGACCCAGACUGCGCAAUGGUGCUCGUGUCGGGUGGGAUCGAGCCUGCUCGUUCGCACGAAAUGGGGACAGGAUGUGCCGUAUUGCACCUGGACCCCCGGUCAGGUCACUUGACACGGUGUGCACGUCUUCCGCAACCUCGACACAACCAUGCAGCUGUUGUGCUCAAUGGAUACUUCUACGUAUUAGGAGGCUUCGACUCGCGGAACACACACGUCGGCCUCAAAUUCGCUACCGGCUCCUGUUUCCGUAUGGACCUUGCAACGCGUGAAUGGGAGCGCAUAGCUGACAUGCGCUACGCACGAUGCAACCACGUCGCCUUGGCACAUGCUGGCCGAAUCUACGCCGUGGCCGGUCAGGACGAAUACGACACGUUUUUGGGAUCAGUUGAAGAGUACGCACCCGACGCCAACACCUGGCGUGAGCUGGGACCGCCGUUGCCAUGCCGUCUUUCAGCACCAGGAGCCGCCGUGGAUGGUGGAACACUAGUCGUGGCAGGAGGCAUGGUACAGUCACAGCGUGGCAACGACAAAGUAUUCGUGUCUUCAGCCGUGUAUCGGUGGGACUCGAAGCAAGCACGCUGGGUUUCCAGUCUGCCCCCUCUUACGAUUGGCCGAGGCUCUUUCGCGUUGGUGUCGCAUCAAGGACACUUGCACGCCAUAGGGGGACUCAUCAGAGCAUCCGACGGAUCCUCGCUGGACGUUGUGCGCGACGUCCACGUACUGAAAAACGAUUCUUGGGUCAAAGGACUCCCAUUGCCGAAGCCCCUGCACGGAUGUCAGGCCCUGUCCUUGACUGGAGGGCCGAUAGUCGUGAUUGGUGGGCUGUCCACUGCUACACUUGUAGCACCCACCGAUGAAAUAUGGAGGCUCGACGAGGCGAUAUGGACCAACAUCGCCAAGCUUCCGUCUGCGGUCGCCGGCAUGGCGGCGGCAGCAAUUCAUCCGCAAGACGCGCCCGAGUCACACAGGGACUAAUCGUAUAAUCUGUACAAUACCAAAUACGGGAAA